AUCCCCUCCAUGCCCUGCCUGUGUUCUCCAGGUGUACAAAGGGAUGGACAUCAUCACCAACAAGGUCUCUGCUCAGGAGCAGGCGCUCUGCCGGCACCACAUGAUCAGCUUCUUGGAUCCCCUCGUCUCCAACUACACCGUGGUGGACUUCAGGAACAAGGCCGAGCUACUGAUCAAGGACAUAUUUUCCCGGAACAAGUUCCCGAUUGUGGUGGGAGGCACCAACUACUACAUUGAGGCUUUGCUUUGGAAGGUCCUGGUGGACACCAAGGAGAAGAUCAGCCCUGCCCCCAGGCUGGCUGUCGACAGGAAGGAAGAACUGGAGAAGCUGGAUGGCCAGGAGCUCUACCGCCGCUUGAGCCAGGUGGACCCAGAGAUGGCAGCUAAGCUACACCCCCACGACAAACGCAAAGUGUCCAGGAGUCUGCAAGUGUUUGAAGAAACCGGCGUCCCCCACAGCACAUUCUUGAAGCAGCAGCAGCAGGAGGAAGGUGGGGGUCCACUGGGGGGCCCGCUGAAGUACCCCAACUCCUGCAUCUUGUGGCUCUUUGCAGACCAGGCAGUUCUGGACAAACGUCUGGACCAGCGGGUGGACGCCAUGCUUGCGGCGGGGCUCCUGGAGGAGCUGCGAGACUUCCACAGGCGCUACAACCAGCAGAAGGUGGCUGAGAACUGCCAGGAUUAUCAGCGCGGCAUUUUCCAGUCUAUUGGCUUCAAGGAGUUCCACGAGUACCUGGUGACCGAGGGGAAGUGCUCGCCCGAGGCCAGCUCCGUCCUGCUGGAGAAGGGGAUUCAGGCCCUGAAACAAGUGACAAAGAAAUACGCCCGAAGGCAGAACAAGUGGGUCCGGAACCGCUUCUUGCAACGCCCUGGGCACAACGUGCCUCCGGUAUAUGGGUUGGAGGUGUCUGACCUCUCCCGGUGGGAGGAGAACGUGCUGAAGCCCGCCUUGGAGAUUGUGGAGAGCUUGCUCCAGGGGAAGAAGCCGCCGGCUGACCCUGUGAAGAUGGAGCCCGACAUAAAUGAGAACAAACGCAGUCAUCACAUGUGUGAGCUCUGCAACCGAAUCAUCAUUGGGGACAGAGAAUGGGCAGCUCACACCAAGUCCAAGUCCCACCUGCACCACCUGAAGAAGAGGCGGAAGCUGGAGUCGGAGCUCUGCGCUGCUGGAAGCCAGGAAACAGAUGGCGACAGUGAUGGGGCCAAGGACGUGAGCGAGGACAAAUGCUAGGCACGAUCCUGCAGAGCCCCUGACGCCGAGGGGCAGCCAUGGGUCCCUGGCCUGGUCUGAGCGGAGCUCAGCGAGGAGCUGGAGCUGCAUCGCUGUUGGCAGCAGGCAGGUGCUCCACUCAGGGGAGGACUCCUGAACUCCUGCCUGAGCUGGGCCGAGCCUUCAGGGAGCCCGUGGAGGCAAUAUGGGCGGCCAUGCAGCGUCCCAGCCCCUGCACGUAGGUUCUGCUGCUGGCACACGAGCGUGUCAUUCUCAGGGACAGAAUUACUUCGAGCUCGGUUCAGCCUAGGCCAAAAAUGCAGACAGGUGCGCCUGGCUGCCCAUGCUGCUUUCUGUUUUUGAGGCUGCUGUGGGGUUUUUUACAUCUAAAUAAAGGUAAACUAUUGGUUUUUUGGUAAA